UCCUGCGGAGCAUCAGCAGCACUUACAACGGAGCUAGCUUCUAACAGCCACCUGGCUUUGGAGCAUUUUCUACGUUAUAUAUUUGAUAUUUUAUAGCAAACCAAGGCAUUAUAUUUGGUCUCGUCAUAUAAGAGAAUCGUUUGCGUCUCGGCGACAUCAAAUUGAAACGAUGACUGGCUCAAAUGAGUACAAGCUGAACCAGGGACCAGAGGAUGGCAUCUCUGCUGUCAAGUUCAGCCCCAGCACAGCCCAAUUCCUCCUGGUUUCCUCCUGGGACUGCACCGUCCGUCUCUACGAUGUCGUAGGAAACACCAUGCGGAUGAAGUACCAACACACAGCUCCAGUUCUUGACUGUGCUUUUUAUGACCCAACACAUUCUUGGAGUGGAGGUUUAGAUGCACAGCUGAAAACUCAUGAUUUAAACACAGACCAAGAUACAAUAGUUGGAACACAUGAUGCCCCCAUUCGUUGUGUGGAGUACUGCCCAGAAGUUAAUGUCAUGGUAACGGGAAGCUGGGACAGAUCGGUUCGUCUGUGGGACCCACGGACACCCUGCAACGCCGGCACCUUUACUCAGCCUGAAAAGGUGUAUACCCUCUCUGUGGCUGGAGACAGGCUGAUCGUUGGCACAGCCGGAAGACGAGUCCUGGUGUGGGAUUUGAGGAACAUGGGCUAUGUACAGCAAAGGAGAGAGUCCAGUCUCAAGUAUCAAACUCGCUGCAUUAGAGCCUUCCCCAACAAGCAGGGCUACGUUUUGAGUUCAAUCGAGGGACGUGUAGCUGUGGAGUACCUGGACCCAAGCCAGGAGGUUCAGAAGAAGAAGUAUGCCUUCAAGUGCCACAGGCUGAAGGAGGAUGGAAUUGAGCAGGUUUACCCUGUCAAUGCCAUCUCAUUUCACAGUGUUCAUAACACCUUUGCCACAGGUGGCUCAGAUGGAUUUGUGAACAUCUGGGAUCCAUUCAACAAGAAGCGCCUGUGUCAGUUCCACCGGUACCCGACCAGCAUUGCAUCGCUGGCCUUCAAUAAUGACGGCACCAUGCUUGCAAUCGCCUCCUCCUACAUGCAUGAGAAAGGAGACAUCAGCCAUCCAGAGGACGCCAUCUUCAUCCGCCAAGUCACAGAUGCUGAGACAAAGCCCAAGUCAACCUAAGUGCAGCGUGGAAUUGUUCCUUCUGCGUAUGAAGCCUUUAUCACAUUGGGUUUAUCUGCUGGCAUCCAGUGUACCAUAACUAUACUGCUUCCUGUCAUUUCUUUCCAUUCCAAUACACCAGUUUUUCUUUGUAAGUAAUGUCUCUUUUCUUUUCUGGCUCAUGUUAAGUAUUUCAUUGUUUCAAACAUUGUCGUCUUGUUCUUUCUUGACUAAAACUGAUUUAUAUAUUUGACUUUUUUUUUUUCUCUUCCUUGGUCAUUUUUGGUGUCGCAUUUUAACACGACAUUGUUGGGUCAGACUUUUAAUAUUGACAGAUGACUGUGUUUGAUACUGGCAGUGGAAUAAAACGUUUACAAACAUCACAAAGUC